GGGUAUAACCUAUAUCGCAUCCUCCUGUGUGCGAACUACGCAUCGUGCGUACGAUAGACGCCAUCACCGUUGGAAGAGCGCGCGAACCGAUCAACGACUUUCUCUGUUUCUGCGAGACGACUCUCUCUCUCUCUCUCUCUGUUCCUUUCUUCUCGCAGACUCAAGGUCUCAGCCGUAACACGGCCGUCGCCUUCAAGGAGAAUCGCACGACCGAUUGAUUGGGAAGAAAGGCCAUUAAAUCGCUAUGUCAUUGCCGCCUCGGCAACGUUCUAGGGCUUUUCGUAUGUUUACGCUGUGUUCAGUCCUUCUGAGCUGGUUUCCAGGAUCCAUACUAUCUGCAGUUGUUACUCUUGAUUCCAUUGAGAUUUUUAAAACACACGACUGGCUUCCAUCCAAACCAACAGUUUACUUUCAGUGUAAAGGAGAGAACAAGACUUCUUUGCCAGACGUGAAGGAAACUCACGUCUCUUAUGCUUUUAAGGGUGAAGAAUCUUGGCAGCCUUUGACAGAAUUCUCAAAUAAGAAAUGCAAGCGAUGUGGAUUUUAUGAGGAAGACAUCAUAAAAUCAGAUGAAUUUGAUGAGUGGGAGUUUUGCCCUUCCGAUUUUAGUGACCCUGAUGGAAGAUAUAAGCAUUUCAAAGAUAAGGAACUCAAUGUCACAUUUUUGUGCCCCGACUGUGUGCCUCUUGGAAGUGAUGUUUCUAAUCACACCACUGUUUCACACAAUGGAGAGAAGGGAAUGCAUGUGGCUCUAGUGAUAACAAUCAGUGCCGUGAUUUCAAGUCUCUUUAUAAUUGGACUGUUGGUUGCCUACAAGUAUUGGCAGAAGAGGAAGAGGGAACAAGAGCAUGCACAGUUCCUAAAACUCUUUGAAGAAGGCGAUGAAAUGGAGGAUGAGUUAGGUCUUGGGCCUCUCAGCGGUGUAAUUUGACGAAUAGAAUCUCAGUACCCAAAAUCUUUUUGUAGUAUAACUAAGUAGGUUGCAGAAUAGAGAAAUAGCAAACAGCUUCAGCGUUUACAAAUAUGAAGGAUUACACCUUAAGUUGACACAGGCUUCUUCUUGUUUCUGAGAUUUAUCCAGUCCUAGUUCAUGUAGAUGAAUGGAUCUCUCGGAACCAGGGAAAAUAACUAGUUGAUUGUACAGAAAUUGAUUGCAUGUGUAAAUAGUGGGAUGAUUGCAAAUAA